GUCAGCUGGGAUCGGUCAGCUGGCGGCUCCAUCUCCAGCAGCAGCAACCAGGCAGCCAGGCAUCCAGACAGACAGCCAGCCAGCCAGGCAGGGAGAGCCUCCAUACGGGAAAAUCAUCGCUGCCUCUGGCUCAUGCUGGCCGAAGAGAACAUCGGAACUAAAAUUCAUAGUGAAAAGGAGGAUUUAAGAGCCAGGGAUGGUUGUUGCCGUGUAAAGGUCUCCUUUACAUCUAGCCUAUUUAUCAUCCUAUUUAUUUGUGUAUUUAUUUAUUUAUUUUCACCCGAAUUUCCUGCCAGUGGUGGCUGGGCCCACAGUUACGACUGUUCAGCGGCAGGUGUAGCCUGUUAUUGAGGAAAUAUUUCACAUUCGUUACGUGGUUCCUCCAAUGGUCGAAACACGGACCGGUCAAGACCAAAACCGACUGCCCUCGGAACUGGAUGCUGCUGUUUAAAGGAGAAUUGUAGCCUUGCUUGUCGGCGAAACAUCAGAUGUGGUUUGAGGAGGGGAGGGGGGAUACUUGAAUGAUAAUAGAGGCCUGUAUCAGUAAAUAUGAUUAAAUAUCACACGGUUAUGGAUAGGAAUACGUGUAAUGUUACCAUUUGAGACGAUAUGGACUAAUGCGGUUGCUAAAAUGAGAGUUGGAAACAUGGAAUAGCCUAAUAGAGAGUGACUCAGGUCGGAGUGAAUGCCCUUCCCCGUGUUUAUUUGAUAACCGACUGUCAAUGUGAUUAGCUCUACAUUUGAAAUCCGGCAUAUUUGCCAAAAUGAUGGAACUUCAAAUCGACGAGGUCGUCUACCAAGACGACUACGGGUCUGUGUCGGUGAUGUCGGAACGUGUUUCAGGCCUGGCCAAUAGCAUUUACCGAGAGUUUGAGCGGCUGAUCCGCAGUUAUGACGAGGAGGUGGUGAAGGAGCUCAUGCCACUGGUGGUAAACGUUUUGGAAAAUUUAGAUUCGGUUCUAACAGAGAACCAGGAGCAUGAGGUGGAACUCGAGCUGUUAAAAGAGGACAACGAGCAGCUCAUCACACAAUACGAGCGCGAGAAAGCGCUGCGGAAACAAGCAGAGGAGAAAUUUAUUGAGUUUGAGGAUGCACUGGAGGCUGAGAAGAAAGACCUGCAGAGUCAUGUGGACAGCCUGGAACUGCAGGGCAAGCAGCUGGAACUCAAGACCAAGAACUAUGCAGACCAGAUUAGUCGUCUGGAGGAGCGGGAGUCCGACAUGAAGAAGGAGUAUAACGCCCUGCACCAGCGGCACACAGAGAUGAUUCAGACGUACGUGGAGCACAUUGAACGCUCCAAGAUGCAGCAGGCAGGAAGCAACAGCCAACCAGAGGGCCCGGGCAGCGCCAAAACUCAUCGCCACACAUGGAGGACAAGCAGCAAAGCAGAGCGCCCACCGUCGUUGAGCCUGUACCCCAACGGAGAGGGAAUGGAGGAUGGCUCAGAGUCCGACUCGGUGGCAGCCACGCCCAGCAGCACUGGGAGCAAGUCCAACACGCCCACCUCCUCUGUCCCAUCAGCCACCGUCACGCCGUCCGAGCUCCACCCACCCUCACAGUUUGACGGGACGCAUUCAGGGAACCACAGAAAGAGCGCCAAGCGGCUGAGCAGGAACAUGGAGGUGCAAGUUUCUCAGGAAACGAGAAAUGUUAGCAUUGGUAUGGGCAGCAGUGACGAGUGGUCAGAGUUCCAGGAGAUCAUCGAUUCUACCCCUGAGCUGGAUAUGUGUGUUGACCCCCGUGUUUAUGGUGGAGGAAACAGUCCUUCACAGGGUAUCGUAAAUGAGGCUUUUGGCAUUAAUACCGACUCCCUUUAUCACGAGAUCAAAGACGCCAAAUCGGACAUCAUUGGAGAUGUGGAUGCAGGCGCAGAGCUUCUAGGAGAGUUCUCAGUUCGUGAUGAUUUCUUCGGGAUGGGUAAGGAGGUGGAGAAUCUUCUAACCGAAAACAAACAGCUCUUGGAGACCAAAAAUGCUCUCAACAUAGUGAAGAAUGACCUUAUUGCCAAAGUGGACGAGCUCUCAGGAGACCAGGAGGUCCUGAGAGAGGAGCUGGAGGCAGUGAGGCUGUCCAAGAACAAAGUGGACACCCGGGUCAAAGAGCUGGAGGAGGAGCUGAAGAGGUUGAGAGCAGAAGCUCUUGGGGCGUCUCAAGAUUCUAAGGAUGAAGGUGGCGAAGACUUGUCGUCCCCGAUGCAGGACGGAGACGUGAGCAUGACUCAGCGCAGGCGCUUCACCCGGGUGGAGAUGGCCCGUGUCCUGAUGGAGAGGAACCAGUACAAAGAGAGACUGAUGGAACUGCAGGAGGCCGUGCGCUGGACAGAGAUGAUCAGGGCAUCCAGGGAAAGUCCACAAAUACAAGAGAAGAAGAAGUCCACCAUCUGGCAGUUCUUUGCUCGUCUGUUCAGCUCCUCAGCCAGCCCUCCUCCAGUCAAGCGGCCCUACUACAGCGUGAACAUCCACUACAAGUCCCCCUCCCCAGCAGGGUUCCCCCAGAGGCGCAGCCACACCAUGUGCCAGAUAUCCACAUCAAACCGCACCCUCGAGUUCUUCCCUGAAGAACUGGCCAGUAAUGGUGUUGCGUCUCUUCUCAGCGACUCAGCGCUGUCUGUCCGCAGGGAGCAGCGACGGGAACAGUACCGGCAGGUCCGCGAGCACAUGCGCCGUGAUGACGGCAUCAUGCAGGCAUGUGGCUGGAGUGUGCCCCCGCGCUUCAAACAGACGGGAUCUCAGAUGGACAGCGCUCCUGAUGGCCCCCUGAAGAGGCAGCAGGCACCCAACGAGAAGGAGGACAACAGAAUGAAAAAUGUUCCUGUUCCUGUGUACUGUCGCCCCCUGGUGGAGAAAGAUCCAAACAGGAAGCUGUGGUGUGCGGCAGGGGUGGACCUGUCAGGAUGGAAGGCCUGCCCUCAGGGUGCUGACUCAGCUAAAACAGCAGCAACCACCACUGACCCUCUGACCACGGAAGAGGACGGAGAGAGCAAAAGUAUCCAGAGCUCCCCAGAAAAGAGGAAGCCGAGGGAGCUCCAUGAGAUAGACACCAUGAGCAGCCGAGUGUGGAUUCUGACCAGUACUCACUCUGCUAGUAAAGUUGUCAUCAUCGAUGCCAAUCAGCCAGGUUCACUGGUGGACCAGUUCAACGUCUGCAAUGCCCAUGUGCUCUGCAUCUCCAGUGUGCCUGCUGCCAGCGAGAGUGACUACCCUGCAGGGGAGAUAGUUCUAGAUCCUGGAGAGCUGGUGGGAGGUGGUGGUGAGGAGACUGGUGGGGUGGAAGGCAUGCUAGCAGGCAUCACUCUGGUGGGCUGUGCCACCAACUGCAGCGUUGUCCGCAGCAACUGCUCUUCACGCACUGACACUCCCAUACUAGACAAAGGACAAGCCCCCAUGUCCGCUCCGGUCAGACUGCCCCCUGCGCAGUCUGCUGAAGAAGCCACUGAGGCCACCGAGGUCCCUGAAGCUGCCGUCAGCGAGAGCGCAGGCGUCUCCGGCCCCCCAGGGCCCUUCACCGAGCACGUGUUCACAGACCCUCAGCCCAGGAUGCCGGACGCUGGUGGUCAAUAUGAACAGUGUGCAGGUCUGCCCUCCCAGCCCGCAGACAGCGAGGACAGCAGUGAAGACCCUGGCGCCUGCUCCAGUGGCGCUCCCACCAUGUGGCUGGGAGCCCAGAACGGCUGGCUUUACGUCCACUCUGCAGUGGCCAGCUGGAAGAAAUGUCUCCACUCCAUCAAACUAAAAGACUCAGUGCUCAGUCUAGUGCAUGUAAAGGGCCGUGUCCUCGUGGCGCUGGCCGAUGGAACACUGGCCAUCUUCCACAGAUCUGAGGACGGUCAGUGGGAUCUUUCCAACUAUCACCUGAUGGAUCUGGGACGACCGCACCACUCCAUCCGCUGCAUGGCUGUGGUCCACGACAAGGUGUGGUGUGGCUACAAGAACAAGAUCCACGUCAUCCAGCCCAAGAGCAUGCAGAUCGAGAAGUCCUUUGAUGCUCACCCUCGGAGGGAAAGCCAGGUCCGGCAGCUGGCCUGGCUUGGUGACGGAGUCUGGGUCUCCAUCAGACUGGACUCCACCCUGCGCCUCUACCACGCUCUCACACACCAACACCUCCAGGAUGUCGACAUUGAACCCUACGUCAGCAAGAUGCUUGGUACGGGGAAAUUGGGUUUCUCAUUUGUGCGAAUUACAGCACUUUUAAUUGGAGGAAAUCGUCUUUGGGUGGGCACUGGAAAUGGCGUGGUCAUCUCUAUCCCACUGACUGAGACCGUAGUCCUUCACCGGGGACAGCUCCUGGGGUUGAGGGCCAACAAGGUGUCUCCCACGUCGUCCGGGGGGGUGAUCCAUGUGUACGCGGACGACAGCGCGGAGAAGAGCAGUGGCAGCUUCAUCCCGUACUGCUCCAUGGCUCAGGCUCAGCUCUGCUUCCAUGGACACCGGGAUGCCGUCAAGUUCUUUGUUUCUGUGCCAGGAAAUGUGUUAGCCACCUUGAACGGCAGUGUAUUGGACAGCCCAUCAGAGGGCCAGGGCUCCGCAGCGCCGCCAGACACGGAGAUGCAGAGCGUGCAGAACGUCCUGGUGCUCAGUGGAGGAGAGGGAUACAUUGACUUCCGUAUCGGUGAUGGUGAGGAUGAUGAGACGGAGGAAGGCGAGGGUGGAGGCCCACAGGGUGGAGGCCCACAGGGUGGAGGCCCACAGGGUGGAGGCCCACAGGGUGGAGGCCCACAGGGUGGAGGCCAGCAGGUGAAGCCUGCCUUGUGCAAAGCUGAGCGCAGUCACAUCAUCGUGUGGCAGGUGUCUUAUGUACCUGAGUAAUGCCAAGGCCAACUGAAAUAACUCCGCCCCUGAACCUCUUCAUCACCAUGGAAACCCUUGACUCAAAUCUUUAAAGCUACUCUCCCUCCUCUUCCUGCCUCCUGUCAUAAAACUGUUCCCCAUAUGUUCUCCAGGUUCUGUAACUACCCUUGUGACUACCCCUCACCCUCACAUCCAGCCUUGUGACCCUUUAGUUCCUCGACCUUCCAUAAUACCGUGAAUAUAACCCCGCCUCGCUCUUAGCCCUGUUAUUGUAAGUAUCUCCAUGAACCUUUAUUACCCCCCCUGCACUAUAUCUACUCCAUGGAGCUUGUAUCUGCCCUGUAAGUACAUCAUGUCGCCUGUAUUGGUCUAAUAGUACACUGCAUCUUCCCCAAAGCUACCCUGUUGUGCCUCAAGUUAUCCUUCCCUCAGUUGAAACUCUUUGUCCAAUGACAUGUCUGUACCUAGGACAGGCCUCAUUCUCUGGCCUCCUUUAUAUUCUACCAACUGACUAAAGUACAGAAACCUAAAGGAGUUCACUGGCAGAUGAUGCAUCUUAUUCCAAAGCCUCCAUGAAUCCUUAUUUAAUCUGUUUAAACUCUAACACCUGAGUCCACCCAGUCUCCCAGCCAGCUCACAGCUCAGUUUAUUUCUCCAGCCAAGACAGCUGAUUGGUUAAUCAACUUUGGAGACAGGCAGCUGAUUGAUGAGAUGUAUUCCAAUACAGGCAGCUCAUUGGUUUGAACAAGGUAAAGACGCCACAUGAUCAGGAGAGGUCAGUGUAGGAACACGCAUGAGGCCAGGAUAAUCAAAUGUACAACAACCAACUCUUUUAAGGACAUUUUGGGGGGUGUGGAUGUGUUUGUAUGUGUGUGUACAGUUUAGUUUUUUUUUCAUUGAAUUCUGCAGUAAGUAGUGAUCAAGGACCAGUACAUGAUGAGUUGAUUCCAUUCUAUAUGUUCAUUUAGUUAAACAGCCAAAACACUGGAUUUACAGCUAAUUGGUAGGAGCAACAUUUUAUUUAGGCAAUCACAACUCCAGUACCUUGUAAAUAAAGCCAAAAAUGUUUUAAGCAAAGGCAGACAUCUUUGAGCUGUGAGCUGAUUGGCUCAUAACUUAUAACCCCCACCACACAUACAUGAUCCACUGUACCCAAGCUGAAAGCUGGACAAUGAGUUUUGUGAACGGUCGUCUGGUUUGAGUGACAGAUGUCACAGACAAAUCUGUAAAUCUAUAUAGAUUAUAGAAAUGGUCACAUUCAUGAUGCCCCCCCUGUUCAGUAUGUAACUCAUGUUGAUCUCUUCUGUGUGAACUACAUAUUAAAUAUAUUUGCGUGCUAAAAACAUACAUAAAUGUAAUCUUGAGA